CGGAACUAGAGAUAACCAUAGAGAUUAGUGAUUAGAGACUUUAUUACGCUGCAGCUUCAGAGCUAUUCAAUAAUAAUCUAGAUUUAAUUAGAUCUAGAUCUAGAUCCCCUAUUUUGUCUGGAAUAUUUCUAUUCUCAUAAUGAUAUGAAUCUAGAUAUACUAAAGUGAACUUGAACGAAAGCUGUAAAAUGAGCUUGACAGGAGAAGUAGCGUCUACAGCUUGGAGUCAGAUUACUUCAGAACAAUUACUUCAACAAGAAAGACUUGAAAUACCAAAACCAAAUAGUGAUGCUCUUCAUUAUUUAGAAGAACUAGUGCCAGAGGAAGACUUCAAGUAUGUUAUGUUUGAUGACAAUCUGGUGACUGUGUCAGACACUGGAAAAGAACUAGGAGAGUUCACUGUAACAGUUGAGCCUACUAGAUACAAAGGUCUGGAAUGUUUUCUAAUCCAUGCCAACAGUCAUGGCUCUAUUGAUGGUGUACCUUGUGGAACAUCCAUUGUCUGUUAUGUUUCAAAAUGUUUAGAAACGCUGGAACAACAGCACCAUGAAUAUGUCAAGCUUGAAAAUUGCCCACUGGAUCGCAAAACAUUCCUUAUGAGACAAAGUGAAAAUUACACAGUCAACAGAAUCAUAACACAAGGAGAGGAUGUUCAACGGACAACAAAAACAAUCCCCGUUGAGCUGAUGAGGGGCUUUAUAUCAGAAGGCUCCAACCUUCUACUACAUCGGCUUUUGAUAGAGAAAGGAAUGGAAACUGAUCUCCAGUUCAUUUCUUUUGACUCAGAAACAAAUCUUUGCCCAGCCAUCUAUAAACGAUUGGAUGAGCGAACACAAACAGUUGAAACUGUUGAGCUGAGGGUGUUUGGCAUUGAGAGAACUAUCAGUUCCUCUGUUGACUUGCCCACUUCCUGGCAAUCUUAUUUCAUGAAAGAUGGACACCUGACUAACAGAGUACAAGUUGGGUCUCCUGUCACUAUGAAGCUGGCCAAAGUUCCUUUAAAAAUUGAAAGAGAUGAAGAAACCCCCAAACCUGUUUUUGAAAAGAAAGAUCUCAAGUGGGAGGAAGACUUGCAGCUUCAUUCAAGAUUCUUGGACAGAAAGGAGGAACUGAAAGGCGACCAUGCCACCUAUAUGUGUCAUCAUCCAGAACUGCGAGCUUUGUUGGCAGACUUUUUACAGUUCCUUCUUCUUCGAAAACCAGAUGAUGUCAUCGCCUUUGCUGCUAAUUAUUUUGCUGCUUUCUCCACCUUGAUCCCUGACCCCUCACCUUAUAUGGCAUCCAAUGCCCCAACCCCAUUCCCUGCCAGUAGAACAAAUGCUAAAAUUGAUGAACUCAGAAAUCUGUAAGGAGACAUUGUACAGUAUGAUGCCAUUGAAAUCUGUUGUACUUUGUGUUUCAUAAUAAUACACCAGAGUUGUGAUAUUAAAGUCUGCUGCCCCAUGUAUUAUAAAAUGAACUAAUGCAAUUAACAUCGUAAAAAGCUUGUGUUUUCAUAUUGUCAUGACCUCUGAAAGUUAAAGUAAGAGCUUGAUAAUUGAAUAACUAUAUGUUGUUUUUUUUUACAAUAUCUGUGUUACACAUCAUACUGUAUGUUUUAUUUAACUUUAUAUUCAAGAAAUAGCCUCCCUUGUCAUGCUUGUUUGCCAGACAGUCAAAGAAAAUGUGACAUAUAUUUUUUUAAUAUUUUCAAUGAAUUGGCUAAUUCAUUGUCUGUGAUCAACAACUGCUGAUGUAUGCUAGCUGGUAACACGUGACUUUUUGAAUCUCUACCUGAAAUAAUUUAGUGAUUUAUUAUUAUGGCUGAUCUCAACUUGGGAAGAAAAGAAAACUUUCAGGAGACGAAAUUCAUUUUAAAAGACUGUUUUAAGAUACUGCUAUGAAACAUAAUGUGUUCUAGAGAUACAGAUCCUGUCCAAUUCAGACAAAACUAUUGUUUGUAUGAACAUAAUUGUAAAGUAAAUGUCUGGUGAAUGUAUCCAGCCACAAUUUUUAUUUUUUAUUUUAUCUCCACAUAUUUGGAGACAUUGAAAUACACUAGUUAUUUUGUAAUCUAAAAAUGUAUAUUCAUUAAAAAACAGCCAUCAUCCAUU